AGUUCGGCUACUUCCGGCGUGAGGCGAGCGGCGAUCAUGGAGGCUGAACCUCCUCCUUUGGAGGAACGGCGGCGGCUGCAGGAGGAGUUGAGCGAGUUCGUGGAGAGCUGCUGCCGGACUCUGGAGGAGGUGACGGCGUCCCUGGGAUGGAGCCUGGAUCAGCUGGACCCUGGGGACGAGGCGGCGGCCGAGGAUGAAAUCACGAUAUGCCCUUAUGAUUCCAAUCAUCACAUGCCUAAAUCAUCACUAGCAAAGCACGUGGAGUCUUGUAGAUUGAGGAAGCUGGGCUAUGCCAAAGAGGAAGAGGAUGAAAUGUACAAUCCUGCUUUUUUCUAUGAGAAUUUGAAGAUUCCUUCAGUUACUUUGAAUAAGGAUUCACAGUUCCAGAUAAUUAAACAAGCCAGAAGUGCAGCUGGGAAAGAUGGUGAUUGUUACAGUCAAAGAAUGUAUUCUUCAGUGCCUGUUGAAGUUCCUCUGAAUCACAAACGAUCUGUUUGUGACCUUACCCAAGCAGAUCGUCUUGCCCUUUAUGAUUUUGUCAUUGAGGAGACAAAGAAAAAGCGAUCUGGUUCUCAAGUCAUUGAAAACGACAGUGAUCUGUUUGUAGACUUGGCUGCCAAAGUCAAUCAAGAUAAUAGCCGAAAAAGUCCAAAAUCUUACCUGGAAAUCCUGGCAGAAGUGAGAGAUUAUAAAAGAAGACGCCAAUCCUAUAGAGCCAAGAAUGUUCAUAUAACCAAAAAGUCAUAUACUGAGGUAAUUCGAGAUGUGAUAAAGGUACACAUGGAAGAACUCAGUAACCACUGGCAAGAAGAACAGGAAAGAGCAGAAGAUGGUGCUGAAAAGAAUGAAGAGAGGCGAUCAGCUUCGGUAGAUUCACGACAGUCUGGUGGAAGUUAUUUGGAUGUGGAAAAUUCACGACAUAGAAGGGCUCGGAGUAGAAGUCCACACAAACGAAAAAGAAAUAAGGACAAAAAUCCUGAGUCAAGAAGAAGGAAAGAGAGGGAUGGAGAAAGACACCAUAGUCAUAAAAGAAGAAAACAAAAAAUAUAAACAGAAAGUGACUGCAUUAAUUAUGCUUAUGGAUAAAUAUGCUGAUGUUUUAAUUAUAAUCUUUGCAUAGGAUAAAAUGGCUGUUAUGAUUGUAUAAUACUGAUUAUUUUAAUAAAUGCUUCAAACCAUGAA